CGCUCUCCCUGCACCCCGGGGAGGAGCGCCUCGCGUCACCCACUCGCACCCCGAGCCCUCUCCUCGGGAGCUCGGGCGCCGCCUCGCUGCUCUCCUUUCGCUCCCUCACAACCGCCUCCCCACCCCUCCCCUCCCGGGGCCCCGCGCCUCCCCUCCCCCACCCGGCCCCCCGGCCCGGGGUUCUCAAGGACCAGCCUGCGCUCCUGGCGCCCUCAUGUCUUCACGGGACUCCCCGCGCCGGUUGACGUGGUGUCUCGUUCGGAUUUCCAGGCCAGACCUCAGCUCCGGCGGCAGCAUCAGCCCGGCCCAUCUCGUGCUACCAAGCGCUGCGCCCCGAGAAGGCGCAGAGCGCUGCCGCCGCCGCUGAGCCGCCCGCCGCGCCCCGGGCCCGCGCAGCCCCGGCCAAGAGCGCGGCGCGCGCAGCCGUGUCACCCCCCCCACCCAAGGCAGCGGCGGCUGCUCGGACCUCGGUUUCUGGGGGUGCAGGGCAUCGGCGGAGGAGCUGUCGGCAUCCCUCGCGCUUCUCGAGGCGGCGGCGGCGGGAGCCUUGGCUGCCGCCUCCAGCGCGCCCUCGCUGCCCCAGGAUUUCGAACUCGUGCCCCUGACCUGUUGGGCGGGGCUCUGCGCUCCUGCCCUUGGCCCGGAUGGGGCUCCUGGCUGGGACUCGGGGCUCCUGGAGUUAAUGUCCAACUGGGGGUCUGCGGAGACCGGAUCCGAGGUGCCGCCGCCGGACGGGACUCUAAGAUGAAGUUAUGGGAUGUCGUGGCUGUCUGCCUGGUGCUGCUCCACACCGCGUCCGCCUUCCCGCUGCCCGCCGCAAAUAUGCCAGAGGAUUAUCCUGAUCAGUUUGACGACGUCAUGGAUUUUAUUCAAGCUACCAUCAGAAGACUGAAAAGGUCACCCGAGAAACAAAUGGCCUUGCCGCCUAGAAGAGAGCGGAAUCGGCAGGCGGCGGCCGCCAACCCGGAGAAUUCCAGAGGGAAAGGUCGGCGAGGCCAGAGGGGCAGAAAUCGGGGUUGUGUCUUAACUGCGAUACAUUUAAACGUCACCGACCUGGGUUUGGGCUACGAAACCAAGGAGGAACUGAUUUUUAGGUACUGCAGCGGCUCCUGUGAUGCAGCUGAGACAAUGUACGACAAAAUAUUAAAAAACUUAUCCAAAAACAGAAGGCUGGUGAGUGACAAAGUCGGGCAGGCAUGCUGCAGACCCAUCGCCUAUGACGACGACCUGUCGUUUUUAGAUGACAACCUGGUUUACCAUAUUCUAAGAAAGCAUUCCGCUAAAAGGUGUGGAUGUAUCUGACUCGGGCUCCAGAGACCGCUGUGUAUUGCAUUCCUGCUACAGUGCAAAGAAAGGGACCAAGGUUCCCAGGAAAUGUUUGCCCAGAACGGAAGAUGAGGACCAAGGAGGCAGAGGAGGAGGAGGAGGAGGAGGAGACAGGAGGAGGAGGAGGAGGAGGAGGAGGAAGGCAGCCAUUGGGGGAGCCUGGUAGAGGGAGAUCCAGCUACAGAGAACUGGAAGGGAGAGAAAACAGCCAUCCAGAUUCUCCUGGCCGGCAGCCGACGUCACCAGAAGCUCAGGGCUGGUGUCCCUGGUUGGGCGUUUCCUUUCAUCUGAUAGAGCCCACCGUCACUGGUCAUGGGCACAGUUGCGGAUGCACUUGAAGCCAAACCAGUGUGUCUCCUGUGGUUUAUUUUCACAUGUCUGGAGACACCCGGGGAAAUGGUAAUCCUGGUGUCAUUCCUUGUCGUGACGUUUUACUGCUGAAAGCAAGAGAGGUUUCUUUUUCUGUCACUCAGCGGAGACAUACCCCAGGAAAGGAGGAAGGCGAAACAACAACAGCAACGACACAAGAGAUAGUUGCCUUUGAAUUUGAAAGUUGAGGCCUGAGGUUUACUACAGCCAGCGUUUUUGUGAACGGUCGGUGAUUGAUUUUGAACAUGGUGUGUGGGGUGGGAAGAAGUUGGCUAGGAACCAAAAAGGCUGUCCUCGUGACUAAAAACAAACCUGAAGGUAUUUCCUUUAUGUCCUUGGAAACAGGAAGCCAGUUGUGGUUUUCGGCAGCAUUCUUGCAGGAGAGCAGAGUGGGGACGGCCCCCAGCUGCACCGGGGCAGGGACACCCACUGGGCCUGUCGGUUUACAGAGAGACAGAUGUUACAUACACCCCAGCUCCGUUUAUGCGUGGUCACCAGUGACCAGAGAAGCUACUCGAUGCAAUGCAUCUGUUUCAGAUACAGAAAUAUAGAGAAGAUAUUUAUUGAGAUUUAAGUUAUUGUUAUUUAUUACCGUUCACUAAUGAGUUUCUCUUUUUUUCUCCCCCUUAUUUAUUAAAGUUUCUUUUCGAAGGUGCCAAAGUAUAUGUGCUCGCAAAAUGCAAAGAAAGGUGACAAAGGAAAUUUUAAAUUGGGAACAAGGGUCCAUGCUUUCCAAAGUAUUAAAAAGUUUUUCGCUAGGCAAAAAUCACUUACUUUACCUUUUUCAGAAAAGCCCUCGUUAAUCUCCCCGAUGUCAGCAUCUUCCCUGCUUUUAUUUUUGAAAAAAAGGCAUGUGUCAGAAGGAGCGCUUCUGACAGGCCCCCCUUCUGGGAGCAGCAUGCACAGACCAUCAGCACUGGCUUUAUUUCCUCACUGCUCCGUCACUGAGCAGAUAUGCCACAUGCUCCCCUUUCUGUUGUAUGUAAGCUCUCACUCCCUUCCGCAUAUAUCUAUCUGUGAUAUGCAUAACCAUAUAUAGGAAAGGUUAAAUUCCUUUUAGGAGGUAUUCCUGGAUUCAGUGUUGACCUAAAAGUAAAACAAAAAUCCUGUCGGGUAACCAGGGUCCCGCCCUGACUCGUGGGGACCCUUCCUCCAUCCUUCCGUCCACCCACCGUCUUCUAGAGAAACGUGCUCACACCCAGUGCGUGCCGGCCUUCCAGAAAUGGGAUCGACCCGGUUGCCCCAAAAGCCCCCUGGCUGUGACCUUGUGGGGCAACAGUUGCUGUCCCUGUCAGAAGAAGGUGGCUCAGAAGGCAGGACGAGGAACACGUGUCUGGCCCAGCCACAUACGCCCACCGAGUCUCGUGCCCACAAAAUGUACUACCUGUGUGCUGAAAGCCUUCGGAGAGGCGGGGGCUGGAUGGGAACCAGCACCUUGCACGAGUCCCAGAGGUGGGUUUGUCUGGCAGCUGACCCACGCACAAUGCACUGGGCCCUAUAUUCGAGUUUGUUGCACGUUUCGCAAAAGGGAUUUUUAUCAAGGAAAUCAUCUAUCACUACCUGCGUGGCUAUUAGCCCCAAAGUAGGACAGAGUUAGCAAUCAAAUGACCUACUGACCUCCCUCAAAUAAUCACGUUAAUUUAAAAAGUAACCAAGAGACGGCAUUUACCAGAUACCCCUUCUCCCAAGCCCCCGAAAACCCAGGUUCUCCCUCAUUCUGUCCCUCUCUGUCCUUUCUGCUCCCCUUGCACGACUUGGAAAUAAAGGGAAAGGACCUCCUAGGGCCUGAGUGGAGACUUUGCUGAAGAGCAGCCUGCUCAAAAAUCGUGACAGACCCGGCCAUCUGGCCAUUCAUGAAGCACGAUUUGACACAGCCCCAGGAUCAUCUGUCUGAUUCAGAGAAUCCUGGCAGAUUGGGUGGCUGGUGUCCCCAGAUGUCAGGCUCAGUUAUCCACACCCCCGGCAACCCUGAUUCCCACGGGGAGCCCCUGCCCACAGGCGCCCUAGGAUAUGGUGGAUGUUGACAACUCGUUCCCAGCAUCACCUACACACCACAAGCAAGUUUUAACUGAAGCAAAUCACUCCAAAUCCACAAAAGGGUAAAGUUUGUGAUUUUUCUAUAUCGUUGCGAUUACCAUCUGAUCCAGUAAGGAGUGCACUUCUUUGGAAGUUCCAACUUCUCUGAUCUGUCCCAAUCGUUUGUGUUAUACAACCAAAGUUCUCUACAGACUUUAUUUUUGUACAAUAUCAUUUUGUAACUUUUUACAAAUAAAAACUCAUUUCUAUCGC